UCCCUGGAUGGUUCGUAUUCAUUAUAGGAAUUAUAUAUAUUAUUCUCGGUAUGAUCGGUGGUCAAAGUCUUAAACAAAGACGACAACUUGGAGGACGCUCAGAAAAAUCACGACCUCCUCCUUAUACC